UAAAAAAUAUAUAUAAUUAUAUAUUGAUAAUACAGGACUGGGGUGGGGAACGUCUGAUCAAGAUAGAACCGUUAUUAUUAAUAUUACUGUUAGUAAUAUGUUCCGCGCCUAGAAACAAAGUAUUAGGCGCAUUAUAAAAUAAUGUGAGCUAUUAUCAUUAUUAUCAUUAGUGUUAAUUUUGUUUUUAUUCUAGGUUCCAAUGGCACUGCGUUUCUAUGCAACUGGGAGUUUUUAUGCAGUGACGGGAGACCUCCAGGGCGUAAGCAAAGCUUCAGUGAGCAGAGUAGUGAGAGAUAUUUCAAGAGUGCUAGUCAGAGAGGCCAGCAACUACAUCGUCUUUCCACGUGACAGGGCUUCCCUGCUUCAGGUCAAGAGAGGUUUUACCGACAUGUGUGGCAUUCCUAAUACACUGGGUGCCGUUGACUGUACUCAUGUCCGCAUUCGCUCACCUUCGAUAGAUGAACAUCUCUUCGUCAAUAGAAAGGGCUACCAUUCCAUCAAUAUUCAGUGCAUUUGUGAUUCGCAAAUGAAGUUCUUAAACGUUCUUGCCCGCUUCCCGGGUUCUAGCCACGACUCCUACAUCUGGGCGAACUCGGGGAUUUGUAGAAGGUUUGAAGAUGUACCUGUGCAAGGCCACCUACUAGGUGAUAGCGGGUACCCUCUCAGACCGUUUCUUCUAACUCCUCUCCUUAACCCGACCACAAGACCAGAAGAGAGAUACAAUCAAAGCCACAAAAGAGGUCGUUCGGUAAUCGAGAGAUCUUUCGGAGUGCUGAAGUCUCGUUUCAGAUGUAUAGACGUGUCUGGGGGUGGCCUUCAGUUUUCGCCAGAGCGUGUGUGCCACAUUUUUGUGGCGGUAGCUGUGCUCCACAAUAUCUGUGUGACCAACAACCUGCCAUACGACGAACCUAUUGUGCCACACUUGGACGACAACAAUCAUGACGACGUUCAUGCAGAGAUUGCUGGCGAUGGCAGACGAACCCGCAAUAACCUCAUCGAGCAACUCUAUGGUGGACGCGAUUAGUUAUAACUUUGAAAUCCCACAUUAUAUAAUAGUAAUGAUCAACAAAGAAAAUGUUGUGCAUUUAUGAAUAUCAUGACUAGGCACAAGUGAAUAAAUGUUUGGAUUUCAGAGAAAUUAUUAUUCUUCGCAUUUUCUUUCGCAUUUUCUUGAGGGUGCAUGGUAGCUUCAACAGGAUAGUGAAGUACGUCGAGUACAGA